AUGGUGCUGAAAGUGGAGAGUCAAGAACUGAAUGAGAUGAAAGCGAAAGAUCAAUACAAGAAGCAUCAUGACUUCAUGACUGGAGAGAAAUCCACUCAUAAUGAAAAGACUUUCUCACAAAAUAGGGCUCAGAAAUCCAUAUCUAAUGAUUCUUUCACUUGCCAUCAAUGUGGAAAAAGUUUCACUCAAAAACAAAAUAUUAAAGUCCACAUGAGAAUUCACACUGGAGAAAGGCCUUUCACCUGUCAACAUUGUGGACAGAGUUUUACACGUAAAGAAAACCUUAAUGCCCACUUGAGAGUUCACACUGGAGAGAAGCCUUAUACAUGUCAACACUGUGGACAGAGUUUUGCGCAUAUAGGAAACCGUAAUGCCCACAUGAGAAUUCAUACUGGAGAGAAACCUUUUACCUGCAAACUGUGUGGGAAGAGCUUCUCACGGAAAGAAUGUCUUAAGAUUCACAUGAACAUUCACAUAGGAGAGAAACCAUUCGUAUGUGGUCAGUGUGGAAAGAGUUUCAGUUGUAAAGUUAACCUUAACCAGCAUAUGAAGGUUCACUUGAGGGAGAACGGUUUUACAUGUCAUCAUUGUGGAAUUAGAUUGACAGACAGGAAUGAUCUUAAGAAUCAUGUAAAUACUCACAUCAGAGAGAACCCUUUCAUGUGCAAUCACUGUGGAAAGACUUGCAUAAGCAAGUCAAUCCUUGAGAUUCACAUUAGAGCUCACACUAGAGAGAGGCCUUUCACCUGCCCUCAAUGUGGAAAAGGUUUCACACACAAAGGAAACCUUAACAUUCACAUGAGGCUUCACACUGGAGAGAAGCCUUUCACGUGUCUUCAGUGUAAAAAGUGUUUUACAUAUCAAAGAGACCUGAAAUGUCAUUUGCAAACUCAUUUUGGAAAUAAAAUGUAGUGCUCAACAGUGUGGCAAAAGGUUUUAAAUAUACCAGUUUCAGAAAUCACCUGCAGUUUGGAGAAAGACCUAU